GUGACGUAUGAUGUCUGAGUUCCUGAAGACUUUAUUAAAACAUUCACACUCUCUCAUAAAGUGUUUGUCUAUGUGUGUGGAGCAUCAGUGAGAAACAGUCAUGAAGAUCUGUUUAUAUCUUCUCUUUAUGCUUCACUUCACUGCAGGUAAAACCUGCACAGACCCACAGACUACAGUUAAGAAAUUUACCUGGCGCCGUGGACCGUCGUGGAUCAAUGUAUUACAAGAUAAAAACUACACUGGCAGACUGAAGCUGUUUAAUGAAAGUUCACCUACAAAUCUCUCUCUUCUCAUUUCUGACCUGAGAAAGCAGGAUGAAGGAGAAUAUAGGUGUGCGGUUUCAUCUACAGAAUUCAGACACUUUAAGAUAACAAUAAAAGGUUGUGAUCUGGUUAAUAAUACACAGACAGUUGAAGUGAUUGGACGUUCAGGAGAGUCUGUAGUUCUGCCCUGCUACUGUAAAGAGCUAAAGACUAAACCUCAACAACUUACAUGGACUUAUAGUUCAUUAACACAAUCCAAUACAACACCUGAAGAAAUUUACCCAAGUGAGCAGAGUCAUGGAGGUAAAAUCAAACUGUUAAAUAAAAGCAGUCCAGGAAAUCUUUCUCUACGCUUAUCAGACCUGACCACAAAGCAUGAAGGAAAUUAUAAAUGUUCUGUAAAGUCUCAACAAUACAUCAACAUCAGACUUAAAGUUGAAGAACAAACAAUUAACUCUCAAACACAUCAAACAACACUUCAAAACCCAUAUGUCUUUGCUCUAACAUCAGUGUUUUCAUUAUUGCUCCUUACUGUACUGGCAGUAAUGAUCUGGAAAUGCAGAGAAACAAGAGAUGUGGAAAAUGGGACCAGUGAUGGACUAGUGCUGUAUAAUGUUGAUGAGAAGAAGGAUGUCUUAAAGCCUGAAAGCUCAGCUCAAGACCAACACAAUAAACAAGAUGAAACUGAGGAUGAAGUGACAUAUUCGACGGUUGUCCAUGUAAAAAAUGCAGCAAAACCUGCUCAAAAACAGAUCAUCACAGCAGAAUGCUCUGAGUAUGCCUGCUUAAAAUAAAGCUAAAACAAACGCGUUUGCAAAAACUAUAAGCAACAAAGCAGCUGGACCCUAGUAGUCAUUUUCCUUUAACUUAACCUGCAGCUAUUUUAUUUUUCUAUUUUAAUUUAAUACCAAUGAUCUGCUAUAGUAAUUUACAGUAUAGGUCAACUAUUCGCAAAAUUGCAAACAGUAGGGGAGAGCGGGGCACAGCCGCACGAGGGGGCAAAAGGGCGCAUUGCCCCCUUAGAUCUGAUUUGAGCCCCCUCUGUUUCAUUUU